AAAACAAGCUUGACUCCAAUAAUGACAUAGAAACUAAACAACACUUUCUUUUUCUCAACCCAAUCCGACCCCUCAACUGAAAUAUCCUGGCAUUACGUUGUUUACAAACGUCUUACGUCGCCUGUGAUCUUUGGUUAACGAGACGAGUUAAUGUAUAUAUACAACACGGUAACUGCCUUAUGUUCAGAGACUGCGCCGAUCCUCGAUAUCGUGACGAUCCAUUUUUCCUAUAUAGGUACAUAUGCGACAGCACUGCGAGCGAACAACCCAUCUUCCUGAUACCACGAAAGCUGUCGCGUAAUACAACUUUCCUUGCCGACGCAUUGCAUCUGUCUCCAGGAACCUAAUACCAUUCCCGUCCGAGUCAUGUUCGGGUUUGGUCUGCAAGAUCUAACUGAUUAGAUCCAGCCCAUCGGAAUGCUCUCACAUCUUCGCUUCCAUAGACGGGGUCCGUCCAAUCCUUCAUCUCCCGUACCCGAAACCAGCCCUUGGGAUACUACUGCUCUUCAACCAACCCAGCUGGUCCCUGACGAUGGCGUCCCAGCGCCCGAGAUUCGACCACGAUCCGCCACUUCCGUACCUUUUGCCCAUGGACAUGGUCAGCCUCCCUCGCAGCCGGCGCCACCUCAGUCCCAACAGCCUCCCUUACAGCAUAGCCAGCCGCCUACCUUGCCACCAAUUUCCGGCAUUUCGUCAGCCGAGUCGGACCUAGCGAUUGACCUAGAAAAAUUUGAACAUAAGCCACGCGAAGAGUCGAAGCCUUUGCCGCGGUCGUCUUAUAAGGGGGAUAGCGGGUUUAUUGGUGGACUAGCUUUGCAAAAUUACCGUCGGGAGCAGGCGGCAUUGAGACCGGACUCAUUAGAUAGGAAUACAGCCCGCGCGUCGGAACCCCCUCCGUCGUUUACCACUUAUUCUGGCGUGGCCAAUUUUCCAAGUCGCCCAGCGCCGCCGGUAAAACCCAUUAAGGCCGCGUCUUCCUUCACUCCACCUGUUCCUCUCCAGAAUGCAAAUACGACAGGUAAACGGCCACCAGGCGCUAGAAUGGUGUCAGAUUCACAGGCCUCUCAUGGUCAAGAUGCCCCGAAAGGAAAGAAAAGCCUCCCUUUUCUGAAAAAUCCUAUGUCUACGUUGCUUCUGCGGAGAAAAACCAGUCAGAAUGCACCGGAACUCACAUUGCCGUUACGUGGUCAAGAUGAAGAACCUUCAUACGAUCCUCGGAUUAGAGGCACCCGAGUCCAUGAUUUCAGUGCUCCACGACCGAGGAAGGUUGUACCGAAUAAUGAACAAGUUAAUCCAGGGGUCGAACAGCAUCGUCAGGAUGUUGUGUCACCUACUAUAGAAUAUAAUUCAUCUGUUGUAGGGGUACCUCCGGUUCCUCCUAAGGAAGACAAUUCUCAGUCUACUCGAUCGUCCUCAGCAAAUUCUCGGACAAUAUCAGUAGAUACCACGUUUUUACAGAAAAUCCGGGGCUCAGUGAAUAGCGGUUCUAAUAUUGAGUCUAGAAAUGGACGGAAUAGCCAGAGGAGAACAAAUUCGAUUUCCCCGUCGUUAAUGUCAUUAUCUCGCAAUGGAUCAGAAGCGUCUAGCCGAGACGUCCUUUCGUCGAUUCCCAGACAUAUGAAAAGUACAUCUUCACGGUUUAGUUUUGAUAUGAUUGGUGCUGCGAAGCAGGAGAAGUUGCUGGAAGAUAGACACCGGCAGCGACAACAAGACAAGAAAACGGACGAGCCCCUCGAACAGAGGGAUUCUCGCUUCGAUGAUUUCGAUGAAGACGCGUUUGACUAUGAUGCGAUGGAUUAUGACGAUGGCCUUGAAGAACGUAUACCGGGUGUUAAUGCGGACUUGGACGAAGACUUCGCCGGUGCAGAUGACCCAGAUAAUGACCAGGAAAAUUUUGCGGGCUUCUCCUUUCAAAGAUCUAAUCCCGUGUCAGAAUUAGCCAGUCCCCGUAGCACCGGAGUAUUGCCUACGCCCAGAGAUGCAAAUGGCAGUGUCAUUGGCUAUGCAACGACUCGAGAGAUGAUAGAUGUUCCCCAGCCCUUAGAUAUUACCACCAAGGAUCUAGAUGAAACUCCUGUAAGGCAGGCAUCAGAACAAAAUACCCCGACGGGACUAGGUAUACAAGGACUCGAAGCUGUCAACGAAAUGUCUGAACAAGUAUUAUUUCAAAAACAGGAACAGAACGGAACAACACGACAGCUCUCUAAAGACGACGAGCUUUAUUUUGACGAUGGGUUGAUCCAUGAUUUUGACGGGGAGGGAGAUGGAUCAGCGUUUGAUGAGUCUAUAUUCGAUCUUGAGGAUACUGAUAAAUAUGGUCGUCCAAUUCCCGGAUUGUUCGCCAAUGCGCUCUCGCAGAGAAAAGCUGUCGAGGAGGCAAAAAAGCGAGAAUCUGAUAUGACUUCUAGAUUGUCGGCGCAAUCCGAUUAUUCAGAAUCAACGGCCCACACCUCGCUCAGUGCCGGCCUCCAGUCUAAACCGACCGAAUCUGAGCCCAAAGUAGAGACACAACCAUUUGUCGAGGAGCGGAAAUCAUCGGUUGUUGGUCUAGACAAUACAGGGCAGGACCAAAUAGCAGCUUACCAAGCGGCUCUGGCAUUAGCAGCCCAUCAAGCAGCAGCUUCUGGGAAAUUUCGAAGGGAUUCAUCUCCCCCCCUGCCUGCUGAAUUAACAGUUACGUCUCCGACAACGUCUACGUCCUCCCACGCCGAUAACCUCGAUGAUUAUGAAUAUGACAAUGGAUUAUCCGCAGGGCUAGAUGACUAUGAGCUUGACGACGACGAUAUUAUCGCUGAGGCGAACGCCAGCGCUCUUGCUAACGAUUCGGAUGGUUGGUAUGGACAAGAGUUUGGAUUUUACUCUGCACCAGCGCAGUUACCAACCCAUCACAAUGCCAACGCGCUUAGCGAGAAGAACUUAUAUCAUUAUUCUCACGGGGGUUACUUCGGUCCCAGCGGUAUCAAUCAAAGUACCUCAGGUCGUAUUGCCUCACGCGAGCCGAAUUUGACGCCUAUCACAGAGCGCUCCGAGUACUCGAAUCGAAACUCAAUCAUGAGCUUAGGCAUACCCCAAAGCACAAAUCCUAAUGGGCCUUUGCAAAGUCCCGGCUUAGCUCAGCUCGCAAUGAUGGCAGACGAUGAUAACAUGUCACUAUCAGCGCUGCUUCGUCUACGCUCCAAAGCAUGGGGUGGCUCCCAAGCGUCACUCGUCAGCUCGCGUGAGGGCUCGCCUAACGAUAGAAACGGCGCUACUAGUCCAUGGGGUCAAGAUCUUGGUAUCGCAGCUUCGCACGGACGUAAAAAUUCCGCCUUUUCUAUCUUUAGUCAAGACUCUGCCGGAGCAGGAAGUGGCUCAGGUAGCCCCACGCUGACUAUGUCCAUGUCUGGCAUACCUAACAAUUCUAUUCCACCUCCCACGGUGCCUUCUAAUUCGAACCCCACUGUCGCAACCUCCCCUUCCAGCUUACCGAUAUUUUCCCCCUUACAACCUUCGUCAGUUUGCCCACCUGUCUUUGAAGAUGAGGAGUCCAGUCCACUCGACGAAAGACGGACUGACAUUGUGAGCCCGAGCCUAUCGGCAUCAAGCACGAUGACAAGACCACCCAGUGAAAAUAUGAGCCCAACAAUUGGUCUACCUUCCCAAAAGGGACCAGGUAUGGGUCAUAGGCAUAGAGGAAGUGCAGACAGUAUCUCAUACACGAAAGAAGAAGAUAGUGGGGAAAUAAGAUGGAUAAUGGAACGACGCCGAACCGCAGAGUCGGGCGAGAUAGAGAUCCUUGGCCGACAAGUGGUUGAUAGAGGCAGGAUUUGACAAGUUUUGAGAUAACCGACUUGGGUUACAACGAUGGUUUCUCACUUGGGACGUGGGCGUAGUAGGGCCGGCGUACAUUUUUAAGUGGGUGGUAUAUGGAAUGUUUCUUCUCGUCUAUAUAUUACGCACCCUUUGGACUAUGGCAUAGCACUAGAGAAAUCGAGGGUUGGAGUAAUAGAUACCUACGUAUAAGGGUUUGCUGGAGUAUAAAAAGUAUGGAGUCAUUUGGCUUUCCUGGGUUGGAUGAAUGGAGGCUAUUGAGCACGGGUUGGUCUUAACCGUGUACAUCUACGCAGACCUUUGUAUACCUAAAGUAUAAUGACGCCUUUGGCUCAGGGGUCGUAUUGAUGACCCCUUAAUUAUCUGACGAAUAUCGCUUUA